CUCAUCCUCAUCCUCUUUCUCGUCUUUCCAAUUGCACUUUUCCUGCUCUCCAAAUUCCUUGCUCAGCACCACCAAAAUGGCCACUAACAUCACCUUCCACGCCAGCGCCCUCACACGAGAAGAGCGCAGCACGCUACGCAACCAACGCGGCCUCACAAUCUGGCUGACCGGCCUAUCCGCAUCCGGAAAGUCCACUAUCGCAGUGGAACUGGAGCACCAGCUCCUGCGCGAUCGCGGGGUCGCCGCCUACCGCCUAGACGGCGACAACGUGCGCUUCGGCCUAAACAAGGACCUGGGAUUCAGCGAGAAAGACCGCAACGAGAACAUCCGCCGGAUCGCGGAAGUCGCCAAGCUCUUCGCCGAUAGCGCCACCAUCGCCAUCACCUCGUUCAUCUCGCCUUUCCGCGCCGACCGCGACACCGCGCGCCAGCUGCACGAGGUGCCUACCCCGGGCGAGCAAACGGGGUUGCCCUUCGUCGAGGUCUACAUCGAUGUCCCCAUUGAGGUUGCCGAGCAGCGGGACCCCAAGGGCUUGUACAAGAAGGCCAGGGAGGGCAUCAUCAAGGAGUUUACCGGGAUUAGUUCGCCCUAUGAGGCUCCGCUGAAGCCCGAAGUCCAUGUUAAGAACUAUGAUUUGCCCGUGCAGGAGGCUGUGAGGCAGAUUAUUGCUUAUUUGGAUGAGCAGGGUUAUUUGCCUCCUAAGAAGGAGUAAAAAAACAACAACAACAACGAAACUCUUUUUUUUUUUUUUUUUUUUUUUUUU